AUGUCGCAAUAUUCAAACGGCCAACAGCCAUACUACGGCCAAUCUACAACCCCCCAAGCCUCUAUCCAACCUGCCACAGGCCGCUAUGAUGCCUAUUCGUCCCAAAACCCUGCGCCGGACCAGCAUCUUCCUCGAAGGAUGCCGAGUUACAAUGCUGGGGAUGAUUCCUCAUUCUUCAACCCUGCCCAGGCCCAGAAUAUACAAGCGACCGAAGGAAACAGACAGUAUUCAACACAAAGCGGUGGCUAUGGCAGCAGCGCGGGACAGGGUGGCUACAACGUUGCGCAGGGACAGGGAGCCUUUGAAGACGACAGAGACUCGAGAUAUUCGCAGACUUCCUCGGACACCAUGUCGCAAAUUUCUCCGAGUCGCGCCUCUUCGCAAGCCUCCAGCCUGUCCUAUCGGUACCAAUACUCUGGAGCACCGGCAUCCCAGCCAGCUUACAACCCGCAGCAAUACGGCCUUCCACAUACGCAGUCGCAACCGGUCCUCGCUUAUAACCCCCAUACGUACACAGGCUCCAGUAAUGCUUCUUACGCUGCCCCAGUCUCGGCCCAUCAACCAUAUAAUCCCGCGGCAUACCAGUCUGCCGCGGUUUCGGGACUAGGCUCUCCGGCCCUACCUAGAAGACAGAGCGCAACUUCACACUACGGGCAGACACCGCCGACUCCACAAUCGUACGGCUUCUCUCAACAACAACAACAACCACCGCUUCCACCGCCGAGGGGCCCUGAUCAUCCAUAUGGAGGACGUUCUUACCAACCCAUGUCACCGAACCCCAUGUCACCAAAUCCCACGUCACCAAACCCCUCGCCUUCUUAUGUACCGUCAAGCUCCCCGGGGAUGAUGCCUAUGCCUCCGCCUACAUCACGUCCUUAUUACAACAACCCACAGGGGACUGCGUAUGACUUGCCAUCUCCCCAGUACCCCCCAGCGAUCCCAAGUGGUUCCUUCGAAGAGCAGCCUCCGAUGCCUCCCGUUCAUCAGACUCAUGCAAAUGGCCUGUAUGGCAAGCGGCCAAGUGUAUCUCAUUCUGGGACAGGGCGAUCCCUGCCGACUCCUCCUGGGCAGUCAGACUUACCAUUGCGAACGGAUACUUUGACUCGACACCCCCAAUCGCGACCUCUCCCUGGACCACCAGUCGAUGAAGCCAGGACAAAUGGCAAUUGCUUGCCGGCAGAAGCUCCCAUGGCUUAUGAAGAUGUGCUCAGAGAAGACGAGAUGGCAGCGUUGCACUCUCAGAACUUUGCCCAGCGUCACAAUUCUAGAGCAUCCCAUGCUAGCUCUGCUUCAAACAUGCACUUCUCGCCUGACGAGGAACACACCCACACCAACGGUAAUAUGGAGACAGCUCCGGGAUAUAACGUGAAUCACGAUGCGUACUGUGACGAAAACGAUUACGGCGCUGCUGGUGCGAUUAUGAUGGAGGAAGAUGCAGCGCGUGAGGAGCGUCUUCAAGGGCGAAGGCGACGUGAGACCAAUGCCUCGGUUCUCAGCUCGCAUGCAUCCAACAUAUCGCCAGGGGGGCAUUCGCCACACUCCGAUCCCGAUGAAGAUAACUAUUUCAUCGAUCAGGACAUAGGACGGCUUGAAGGAGGCUACCCAGUAGGGCCCUAUGGCGAAGAGCCUUUUUACAAUUCAGAGAAGCAAUCGGACCCUGCUGCGGGCAACGGUUUUCAAGGAAAAUCUGGUUCGUUCAGAAGCUCUGGGUCCCCUGAUGGCCGUAGUGAGUAUUAUGAUGAAUACGGUCACCCGGCUCUUGCAUAUGAAUACGCCAACCGCCUCCAUCAUACGCCGGCUGAUGCCAGGGUAGACGCCGGUGGAACAGGUGGAUUAGCGGCACCCGAUGCCUAUUCCCGACGGAUGAGCUUUGACUACGGCGAUGAAGGAGAAACACCCGAUGGUCAAACACACUCUGGAGAUCAGUCUGAUGAUGAGAUCCCCUAUCAAUCUGUACCUGAGGAUUUGUUCUUCCACCCUGGGAUGCGUCCAUUGCCACCAGCGCCUGUCCAGCCUGCUGGUGGUAAUGUUAGUCUUGGGCCAUAUUUAAUGCCCGCGGGCACAUAUAACCGCCACUCGGAGCAGCAGGAUGACUUUGAUAAUUAUUCACAGUAUAACAUACCGUCCGUGCUGAACUCUGCGGACUCUUAUGGCGAUGCUAUGCUGAGCCCUUCCCAAGUUCCGCGGUCGUCAUCUUUGUCGACUCCUAUCGGGCCUCGUGCUGAUGCGCCCACCAGGUCGAAGACCGAUGCGGACCGGCUUAGAUACAGGCAGCAGCAGCAGGAACUCAGCUUCCAGCUUCAGCAAAAGGAUUUACCGGACGAGCCUAUGCCGCUAGAUCUACCAACCAUCCCGCAUCACAGGCGCAAGAAGUUCCAUCCCGCCAAGCUGUCAUCGGAACAAUUCAAAAAGUGUAGCGAGCCGUGGGCUCUGAGUUCUCUCUUGGCCUGGAUUAAAGAUCUGAGUGAGGAUGAAACAGAUCUUAGAGAGCAAGCAAUUGCUGAUGCCAUGGUCGCGUUGUUCACUCACAAAGUUCCCACCAUGAAUAUUGCUGAUGCCGAGACACUGGCUGCUCGAGUUGUGAGUGGUAUGCUUGAAGGAGGUGCAUUGGUAAAAGAAGAAGAAUGGGUCAAAUUUGGCCCAGGCACUCUUUCGGGUAUCCUGUUUCAGAUCACUGGCACUGGAUGUUACUCCCCAAGGCUCCACUUGCACGAGAUGCACAUUGAGGAUACCGAUAGUUUCGGUCGAUGCUACUCGCAUCACUGUAUGCGGACGUUGAAGAAGGUCAACCUCAAGGCGCAGAUGAUGGCACCGCAGAAGAAAACCGAGGACUGGGUGACUUUCUACAAGGUACCCAAGGAGGUCUUGGACGCUCAUCCGAAGAAAGAAAUCGAUCGGCAAAACAAUUUGCAUGAAAUUGUCACUACAGAAGACUCUUACAUCGCACAACUGGAUGUCCUACGAGAACUGUAUCGUGAUCAAUUGGCUAAGAUGAAUCCUCCGAUCAUGCCGGCGAAGCGAUUGCCCAAAUUUUUGGCCGACGUGUUUGGCAAGGUCGAUGCCGUGAAGAAGGUCAACGAGGAUUUCCUGUUGGCACAGCUUAAAUACCGUCAAAAAGAACAAGGCCCUUUCAUCUCUGGUUUCAGUGACAUCUUCCGGGAAUGGAUUCGCAAAGCUAAGAAUGUUUACAUCGACUAUGCUGCAACCUUCCCAACGGCAAACUAUCUUGUGCGCAAGGAGGCCGAGCGCAACCCGCACUUCAAGCAGUUCCUAAACGUGGCACGGGAACAUAAACUGUCCGGCCGUCUUGGCUGGGAUACUUACCUCAAAGCCCCGAUUACCAGAAUCCAGCGGUAUACUCUUCUGUUGACGACUUUCUACAAGAAUAUGGACAAGGAUUCCGAAGAAAAAACAAAUGUGGCACAGGCCAUUGAAGAGAUCAAGGUUGUGGCACUGGAGUGUGACAACAAAGUGGGAGAGAUGAACAAGAAGGCCGACUUGAUGGAGUUAGCAUCCAAGCUACAAUUGCGACCCGAAAUGAAGAAGGAAGUUGUACUCAAUCUCGAACACUUGGGUCGACAGAUCAUCCAUCGAGGCGAACUGCAGCGCCCUGGAACCCGCACAAGAUUCCUUGUCGAUACACACGCUAUCCUGUUCGACCAUUAUCUUGUUCUUGCCAAGAUAUUCACAACACGCGACCAGGCAGUGAAGUAUGAGCGAUACGAUAUUUCAAAGCUCCCUAUCCCAAUGGAUCUAUUAGGCCUGGAAAGCACCGACGAUGAUCCUGUGAUCAAAUCAUCCGUCAGGGGAGUUUCGACUAUCACGCCCUCCCAAGCGGGUGCUGGCAGCCCUCUUACACAUACAGGGUCUGGUGCAUCUGGAGGAAACGCAGGCGCUGACAACUCCAAGGACGACAAGAUCUUGUACCCUUUCAAAAUCAAGCAUCUAGGCAAAACUGGAACAUACACUCUCUACGCUUUCUCAGCGCAAAGCCGCAUAGAGUGGUGCCAAAAGAUCAUCGAAGCGAAGACAAAGCAUGCUGCUGCUCUCUUCUCGCAGAACGCCGAGCCAUUCCGACUGCGUGUGCUUGCAGACACUGCGUUUGGAUGCUCUGAUCAUGCGCCCGGCUCUAAAAGUGUCACCAUCAAGGGCACCCCUCUCCAUCGUGCGGUCAAAGAAGUCGAGAAGCGAUAUGAAAGCUCGAAGACUCGCCCUCCAGCGGUAUGCAAGACUGCAGUCAACUGUGCUACGGUGUUCCAGCAGCCACCUGGGCGCAUUAUGUGUGCAAUUGGCACAGACUAUGGACUUUACAUGUCUGAGCUCAAUAACCCGCGGGGCUGGUCCAGGGCUAUUCCUAUCACGCGGGUCACACAAGUUGCUGUAUUUGAGGAUUUCAACUUGCUGUUGUUGAUUGCAGAUCGGUCUUUGAUUGCAUACCACCUUGACGUGGUCUGUCCUGCCAAUGGGAAAACCCAGUCAUCUCAAGAUUCAGCUCGACGAGCUCCGCAGAAGCUCUCUGGAAACCGUGAAGUGGGCUUCUUUGCCGCUGGUCGUCUAAAGGACCGGUACUUGGUCUUGUACAAGAAGCGUGAGGGACUAUCAUCUACAUUCAAGGUUCUCGAGCCCGUGCUGCAGAAAUCAUCCACAAAUAAAAGCCGCAUGUUCUCACGUCGCUCACAAACGGAGUUCUUCCGUGAUUACGACGAGUUCUACAUCCCUGCCGAGACCUACCGAAUUAACAUGUUCCACUCCUCGCUUGCCAUCUCAACCCAAAAGGGUAUUGAAGUCCUCACUCUUGACAAGAAACUUUCAUGGUCUGUCCCAGACUUUAGCACCAACGACACCCAAGAUGCAGCCGAUACCCUACAGAGCAUCGCCAAUCGCAUCAGUGGGCUCAAGCCACUAGGAAUGUUCCGUCUCAGCGAGAGCGAGUUCCUAGUAGCUUACCAGCAGUGCGCUGUGUACGUCAACAAGCACGGCGACGUCUCUCGCAGUGUAGUCAUGGAGUUCGUUGGCAGCGCACACACAGCCUGUCUCUAUGGCAAGUUCCUAAUUCUCUUCAACGAGGACUUCGUUGAAGUCCGCAACGCAAUGAACGGCCGCUUACGACAGGUUAUCCCCGGCCGCAAUGUCGUCUGCAUAGACGACGGGAGCAAGGUGCCUGGAUCGCUUGAUGGAAAUGCACACGCCAGCACUGGUGGCUCGACGAGUCUUGCCAGCGGCUUCUCUGGCACCACUAAUGGCUCCCCAGCCCCUACGGGUAUGGGCAACACGGUCAAAAUCUGCAUGCAACAUCCAGAGUAUGAGCGGAGUCAGAUUGUCUUGGAGCUGAUCGAGAAUGAGGGGCAGAAAGACUAA